AUGAAGCGUCCGAUCAGCUGUGUAACCUCCUGUAAACAGCCUGUACCACACGCCCAGACUGAGAGCAUGGCCGUGCAUUUAGAGCACAUGCGUAAGCGCCGCGGGGAGCUGGCGCCGCCAGACGUGUCACUCAGACCAGACAAGCUGGCGGGCCAGGAGACAGAGGUGCAGGAGCACCAGGGCUCGGCUGUGCAGCAGCCACAGGAGCAAGUGAACGGGGAGCCAACGAGCCCCCUCACAGGAACCAAACUCUCCCAGCUCCUCUGGGACGUCCCCAUGUGCGUCUCCCUGCCCAUCGAGGUCCUCAGCCCAGACCAGGCCUUCCCUUUCCUGGACACCACCCUUGCCGGCCUGGGCAUUGAAGAGUCAGCGGUGAAGGAGCGGGUGGUAUGGGUGGACACCAAACGCACCCAGGUGAGAACUAAAUCGGGAAAGGUCAAGGAGAAGGAGAUCACGCUGCUGGAGGUUCGCGUGAAGGCCAAACAUCCCGGGGACAACCAGAGCCAGGAGGUCCUCUACAGCACCGAGUCCCACACAGACCGCUCCUUCACCCGCAGCGGAGUGGACAUCACACCCUGGAGACACACUGACAAAGACAACGAGCCAGCAUUGCCACAGGAUGAAUUUGAGACAGUGGAGAUGACUCUGCCCUUGGACAUAGACGCCCUCUCCCAGGCAAAGACAGAGGCCGUGGAGGCCAGGACCCAGAAUGCCGAGCUGCCGGCGGAGGAGUGAAGGCACCAGAGAUAAAAUGCACGGCUCAAUAAGCUUUUUUUCCUGCUUUGAGAUCUUUAACAGACAGGCCUUGCACACCGAAACGAUGGCGUCCAUCUGUGCUCUAAUGCAAGAGCUUUAAGGCAGCGUUAGUUCAUUCUGCUUAAUGUGCCGAGAAGGACACUACUGUAGGCCAUUGUCAGGAUUCUAGUCUAAUUCUGAAUGCUUCUCUAUAUCUUGUGUGAAGAUAUUGUUCAGAUAGCCUGUCAGUAUUACUUUGUAAUACAAACAGACAAUGAUUUAUAACUUGGAGGUAUAGAAGAGCUAAUUUGACUUGAUGUUGUGAUGAGGAUAAGAGAUAACAGAACACGCUGCAUAUGUGAACGACAACAGCUACAAAGAAAAAGCAGCCAAAUACAUGACCACCAGCACUGAAUACUGAGCUGGACUGUAUUGUGUUCCAUCUAAUAAAAAUUAUGAAGCUG